ACAGGAUCGUCUGCGCAUCCUUGUAUAUGGUAGGAAUUCAUAGUAUAGUGUGGUCAUUUUCAACACGUUUUUUUUUAUUGGUCGGUGUAUUUGCGUUUUAAAUUGAAGAUAUUGUAGAUGUAUAAUUAUUUAUUUUUCUGUGUCAGUGUCUAAUCCCAUGUAAACGAGCUGCUCUUAUAAAUAUACAUCGUUGUUUAAGAUUCAGGUCAUAACGUAUAGAUAGCACAAUACGUCUUUAUUUGGUCUCCUAAGUCUGUGCUUUAUAUGCUUUUAAGCGGCACCAGUUUCUAUCGUUAUAUUUAUGUAGAAUAUAUUUUUUGUACAUCGUAGACUGAAAAGAAAAAACGCAGCCAAAGUAAUGUGAUGUCAUAUAACAGCAGCUCUUUAACAUUCGUGAGCUCAUUAGACAGGGGCAGUGUCUAUUCUGUUUCCUGAUAUAUACAGAGCUGCAUCAGUACAGCACACUAUCUAGAGAGUCAUCCGUUUAUCACACAAAUUCUCCAGUUUAAGACGAAAGAAGACCUACUGCGUCAUGUUGAGAAAGAAGAAUGUAGCUGGGACGUCCCAACUUAAACCAGAUGAUCCUCUGAUAAAAAUGGGGGUCCAGGAUGAUGAUGAUGUGAAAACGAUGCUGCAGGGGUCCUCUAUGAUGAAGGUACGUUCUCCACGGUGGAAGAGGAAGCGCAUGCUAAAGCUGAUGAAUGACGGAGUCACUGUCUGGUGUGAAUCAAACAAGGCCACCAACAAAGCCAAAAGUCAGCAGUCCUUCUCUGUGAUGGAAGUGGAGUGUGUGCAGGAGGGUUGUAAGUCUGAGACAUUGAGAAACAUGGCCACCCUGCUUCCAGAAGAGCAAUGUCUUACCAUUGUGUUCAAGGGAGGAAGGAAGAGCUUGGAUCUCCAGUGUGACACAAAAGAGGAAGCCAAGCACUGGGUCCGUGGCAUUCAAACCCUGCAAGGCAGAGUCAAUAACAUGACCCAGAAAGAGAAACUUGACAACUGGAUCUAUGGCUACCUGAAACAAGCUGACAUGAACCAUGAUGGCAAGAUGUCAUAUGAAGAGGUCCAGACCCUUUUCAAGAUGAUCAACAUAGACCUGAGUGAAGAAAAUGCUGCCAGCCUCUUUAAGAGGUGUGAUAAAUCAGCAGACGGACGACUUGAACAUGAGGAGAUUGAACUUUUUUGCCGUGAGUUACUACGUCGGCCUGAGCUAGAUGCAGUGUUUCAGCAGUACUCUGCUAAUGGUUAUGUCCUGUCCACUGUGGAUUUGCGUGAAUUCCUGAAAGACCAGGGCGAAGACCACACGCUUAUACAUGCUGAGAGCCUCAUCCUUACCUAUGAGCUCAAUGAAUGGGCCCAGAAGAACCAGUUUAUGACGCCCAAUGGUUUCACUAUGUACAUGCUGUCUAAGGAGAAUGAUGUGUACAACCCAGAGCAUGGCAGAGUCUACCAGGACAUGAGCCACCCACUCAGUCACUACUUUAUCUCCUCCUCACACAACACCUACCUUACUAAAGACCAGCUCAUCGGCGAGAGCAGUAUUGACUCUUAUAUCAGAGCUCUGAGUCAAGGCUGUCGCUGUGUGGAACUGGACUGCUGGGAUGGGGAGAAUAAUCCAGUUAUUUACCAUGGACACACCCUCACAUCCAAAGUGCCUUUUAGUGAGGUUUUGAAGGUCAUCGCUGAAUAUGCAUUUAGGACUUCUCCAUAUCCUCUUAUUCUGUCUCUGGAGACUCACUGCUGUGUGGAGCAGCAGACUAUCAUGGCCCAGCAGCUGCAUUCAAUUUUGGGGGACAAACUGCUCAACAAACCUCUCAAUGACAAGAUGCUUCAGUGCCUACCAUCACCAGAGGACCUAAAAGGGAAGAUCUUGAUAAAAGGAAAGAAGAUCAAAGUGGAGCAGGACAGCUCCAGCUCUGACUCAAGCUCCUCAGAUGAUGAAUCUAAAACUGAAAGAAAACCUAAAGCACAGAAGAGGGAUUGCAAAUUGAGUCCAGAGCUGUCUGAUCUGGUGGUGUACACCCACAGUGUUGCUUUCAAACAGUUUGACCCAUGUGCCAAGAAACCUCCCAAUGAAAUAUCCUCGUUUUCUGAGAGUGAUGCGUUGAAACUAAUCAAAGAAUCAGGGAAGUUGUUUGUACGUCACAACAGCAUGCAGUUGAGCAGGAUCUACCCAUCUGGUCAGCGUGUGCAAUCCUCCAACUACAACCCUCAAGACAUGUGGAAUGCUGGUUGUCAGAUGGUGGCAUUGAACUUCCAAACCCAAUGUGAAGAGAUGGAUCUAAACAGAGGCCGUUUUUUACCAAAUGGCUGCUGUGGCUACUUGCUAAAACCGAGCUUUAUGUGCCAGCCUGAUUCAGAGUUUAACCCAGAAAACACUGGGGGAGGCCCUGGCCACAAUCCAACUCUGCUUACUAUCAAGGUAUACUGUAGCACUAAACAGAGAGGUCUUUAUUAAAACAAAACCUCACAACGCUCAAUGAUGUCACAGUGUUACACAUUUGACUUCACAUUUGACAUGUAUUACACAUAUACUUAACCCUAAAAAGGGUGACCUAUCCUGGGGGCACAAACAUUUGAGAGGCUGUGGAGUGAGUGUAGUUCUCAUUUCUUGGGUUCAAGAUUUUUUUCAAAAUCUGUAUCUGGGGUGGUGUUGGAGCAGUGUAUAAGACACAUGCUUUGGUGUGAGAGACCUAAGUUCGAAUCCACUGUGCGACACCAAUGUGUCUUUGAGCAAGACACUUAACCCCUAGUUGCUCCAGAGGCAUGUAACCUUUUGACAGUUGUAAGUCACUUUGGAUAAACGUGUCAGCUAAAUGAAUAAAUGUAAUUGUAAAUGUAUCCCCCAUGAUAUGUCACCCUAUGGUGGUAUAAAUUAACUGAAAAAA